AUGAAAAGAAUGACUUGGAGUGUCAAGGAAAAUGAGUCAAGGCAUUAGUAGUUUGGUGGGGGUGGGGGGAGAAUAAAAGCAACUGUGUGGAGGGUGGUAAGUAUGUUUUGAAGGAUGUUAAAGGGGCUCUGUCAACUUGGAUUUUUUUUUUUUUUUUUUGUCUACCUAAUUUUAAAAGUCAGGUUUCUGAUACAGCACACUUUAAACGGCUUAUUUAGUUUCUUUAAAAUAAAUUGCCGUACUUGCUUCAUCUGCAUCCCUGCAGAUCUGCAUCACUUACAACCAUCUUUGUUACAUUGGUAUUAAGGUUGCUGCCAUACAACCGUGUUACCUCUGUUCCCCUAAAAACCAACCCAGGGUCCCACUUGUAUUAGUUUUAUUACGAUGCCACUGUUGGGUCACAUAGAAAAGAGAUGGAGCUUAUUCAUAUACGCACACAUUCACUGCAUUCAUACUGCUAUGCUAACAAUCACUGAAGUUACAAAGUCUGCAAAAAGGUUGCAGAACUUAAUGAUACAAGUUACAGAUCUUACAAUUGCAUUUGAGCAGAGGCUUUACAUAACAUUUCCCGCCCCUUGGUCACCCCAAAUUGUGGUGACCAUCCAAAGGGGGACGGCGUGCCUCCGCUCAUCCAUGCCAGUGCUUCAACUGCCGGAACAAUUCCAGAUUUUUAUUACACAUAGCAUGUCCACAGUAACAGAAAUACAUAUCAAAAUAUUGAUCGGAGGAUGUAACAAUGAGUGUCAAACAGCCCUUCUCAUGUACAACAUUUAGAUGAAAAUCAGAACAUUUGGUGGGAAAGCUUUUGGACGGAGGUGGCCACCAUGGGGAUAGGUAUGUGACUGACAAUUUGGCAGGAGACAGAGGGAUAAGGAGAGGGAGGGUUCUAGUUGGAGUUAAAGAGGGCUUGUGAGAAUGAUUUGUUGCUGUUCCCUGCCUAAUGCGGUAUCUUCCCUUUUCCCAAACACCGUAAUGCUAGCAAUGAGACAAGUGCUACAAGACAAACAAGAAACACACAACAUGAGACAACAUAGAAGUUUUGUCGUGACAGUGCACCAUGCAUCACAAUGUUACAUCAUCUAGUAUUUCUCUUAGGAAUGUCACUGGUAACCAAAGAAAUAUUUGCAUUUACAAGCUGCUAUUCCGAUGGCCAAAUUGCCAGGUAUUAUUUUUGUAACCUCACCGAGGUUCCACCUGUGCCCAAUAAUACAGUUAUACUCUGGCUAAAUUUCAACAAAAUCAGGCAAGUGAAUGCAUCCUCCUUCCCUCUGCUGGAACAGUUGCAGAUUUUGGAAAUUGGAACCCAGCUUGUUUCUUCUGUUACCAUAGGGAAAGCAGCUUUUAGGAACCUGCCAAACCUUCGAAACUUAGAUUUAGGAGACAAUAAGAUACUUCAUCUCGAUCCUGAUGCUUUUGUGAAGUUGUCAAAUGUACAAAUACUCCGGCUAUAUCACAACAGUCUUGAGGAGUCCAUUCUGGAAGAAGACUAUCUUCGAGAUAUGAUCUCCUUAGAAUAUUUGGAUCUUUCUGGAAACAAGAUCAAAAGCCUUCGCCCUCAUCGCUUAUUUUACCGUCUAAAAUCCUUGCAAAUUGUGGACCUGAAAAACAACCGGAUACCCAUCUUAUGUGAAGGAAACCUUGAUAGCUUCCAGGGAAAAUUCUUCACGUUGUUUAUUCUCAGUUUAAAUAAAUUAUACUACCCAAUUUCUAUGGACUGGGCCAAGUGUGGAAAUCCUUUCAAAAACAUAGCCCUGGACACCCUGGAUCUUGGUGGCAAUGGCUGGGGUGUAGAUAUAAUCCAACACUUCUGCACAGCUGUGAAUGGGACUUCAAUUGUUUUUUUGAAGCUUAGCCAUCACAUAAUGGGUCCAGGAUUUGGCUUUAAGAACUUAAAAGAUCCAGACCAAGAUACAUUUGCAGGGCUAGCAAGAAGUGGCGUUCGCUUACUGGAUAUUUCACAUGGUUUUAUUUUCUCUCUCAAUCCCUAUGUAUUUCAGAGCCUUGGUGAUCUGGAAUUGCUGAACCUUCACAACAACAAGAUAAAUCAGAUCCAAAAACAAGCAUUUUUUGGUCUGGGAAACCUAGGAACUCUCAACCUGUCAUAUAACAUUCUGGGGGAGCUCUACGAUUAUACUUUUGAGGGGCUUCAGAAUGUGAUGCAUAUUGAUUUGCAACAAAAUCAUAUUGGAGUAAUUGCUGGGAAUUCGUUCAGAGAUUUAAGAAGGUUAAAGUUGGUGGAUCUCCGGGACAAUGCCAUUAAAACUCUCCCUUCUUUCCCAGCCAUGAUCACUCUUCAUUUAAGUGACAAUAAGCUAUUAUCUGUAAGAAACCAGAGUAUAAAUGCAACAAUCCUUGUCUUGGAAAGAAACAGACUGGACAAUCUGGGUGAUCUUUAUAUUCUUUUACAAGUUCCAGAUGUGAAGUAUAUCUUGUUAAGACAAAAUCGUUUAUCUUAUUGUGUUAAAAGUGUUGAUGUUAUAGAAAAUAACCAGUUAGUCUACUUGGAUCUAGGAGAAAACAUGUUAAAGCUUGUGUGGGACAGAGGUUUAUGUUUGGAUGUGUUCAGGGCACUUUCCAAACUAGAGGUGCUCCACCUGAAUAACAACUACCUUACUACCCUUCCACAGGAUAUUUUUAGUGGUCUAACAUCAUUAAACAGACUUAACCUAGCCUCCAACCUGUUGUCUUAUCUUUCUCCUGGUGUUUUCCCUGAGAGCCUAAAGACACUUAAUAUGUCUGAAAACCAACUUCUUUCACCUGCCCUUGAGCUCUUCAUGACUUUGAGUAUCCUGGAUAUAACAAAUAACAGGUUUUUCUGUGAUUGCAGUUUAAACACCUGGACAGCACGGUUAAAUCAAACCAAUGUGACCUUAGCUGGCUCAGAAAAUGACACAUACUGUAUACUCCCACCUUUUUUAACAAGGGUUCCACUCUCUUCAGUGGCACUUGAUGGCUGUAAUGAAGACGAACUCCAGAAGCCUCUACAGUUCUCACUGUUCAUCUUCACUUCAGUCACUCUGAUAAUGUUCCUAACAGCAGUCAUCAUUUUUAGUCACUUUCGGGGGACUUGUUUUGUCUGGUAUAAGACCAUCAAAGGUGCUAUGCUAAAAGAACGUAAGCAAGCAAUAGAUACAAGUGCAUAUCAAUAUGAUGCAUAUUUAUGCUACAGCAACAGAGACUUUGAGUGGGUCCAAAAUUCAUUGAUAAAGCACCUGGACUCUCAGUACUCUGAGAAAAACAGAUUUACUUUGUGCUUUGAAGAGAGAGAUUUCCUGCCUGGGGAGGAACAGAUCACCAACAUCCGUGAUGCCAUUUGGAAUAGCAGGAAGACCAUUUGCAUUGUGACAAGGCAGUUCCUCAAGGAUGGGUGGUGCGUGGAAGCCUUUAAUUUUGCCCAGAGCAGAUUCUUUUGUGACCUGCAAGAUGUCCUCAUUAUGGUUGUGGUUGGGUCACUUUCUCAGUAUCAGUUGAUGAAAUACAAACCGAUUAGAGUCUUUGUGCAAAGGAGUCAGUACAUGCAGUGGCCUGAAGACCAUCAAGAUGUAGACUGGUUUUUAAAUAACCUUUCUCACCAAAUUCUGAAAGAAAAAAAAGUGAAAAAGAAAUCCAGUGUUAUAGAAAUGCAAACUGUAAGGACAAUCUCGUAGUUGGGAGGGUUGUUCAUGGUUCAUAUUAUUAGUGCUAUAAAACAGAUUUUUGUAGUUACAUUUUUGCUUGUGGCUUGACAGUUACUUAAAUAUUCUAAAUCCAUUUCCACCUGUGGCAUGGCAAGAAAGAAGUAUGGGCCAUGCUUCAGCUUUCCCUGACAAAUGGAUAGAAUAUAAGUUCCUUGGUUUAACUUUUAAUAAAUAUGGCGUCAGCUUUAAAGUCACCAGCAAAUGGAAUUAACAAAAUUCAAUUACUCUAGGAACUAUGGCCCAUAUUUUCAAAAGAAGUCACCAAGUAUGGGUGUCUCAAAUUUUGGGGUGUUCAGAUUAGGACACCAUGGGUCUGAUUUUCAGAGAUGCUGAGUGCUCACAGGUCCCCACGACAAUGGAAGGAGUGGGUACUCAGCAAUUACAAAAACCAGGUGCAUGUUAUUGCAAGUUAGGCACCAAAUUUAUAGGAUUCUUGAAAAUUUGGGUCCAUGUGCUGAAAGCCCCUACUAACCAAACUGAAUGGGCACAUUAACUGAUGGCAGUGCCACAUUAAGGUCUUGCAAUGUCUAGUCCUACCAUUCACCACCAGGUCCCCUACUAAGAGAAUGUUUUAGUGGUCAUCAUCCUUGCUUGUGAUGUUGCAUGAUCAAGAUGGUGUAGGUGUGGGUGUUGGGGAAGUCAUGUACAUGUCGCUCACAUACACCCACACACCCACUAUUGGGUACCAUUUUUCACAGAACAUCAUCAUUUUGUAAAGCCACACCACAUAGUAUUCUUCUUUUUUUUUU